AUGCCUAAAGUAUCCGCCAAAGACACCAAGAAAUCAGCCGGCGUCCAAGCUGCCGCUAAGAAGAGAGCCAAGAAGGACCCCAACAAGCCUAAGAGAGCUCUCUCCGCCUAUAUGUUCUUCGUUCAAGACUACAGAGAAAGAAUUAAGGCUGAAAACCCCGAUGCUUCAUUCGGUGAUGUUGGUAAGCUCUUGGGUCUCAAGUGGAAGGAGAUGAGUGCCGGUGAGAAGAAGCCAUACGAAGAUAAAGCUCAAGCCGACAAAGCUAGAGCCGAUAAGGAAAACGCAGCUUACAAAGCUAAUGGCAAAGCCGCCAAGAAAGCUGCUCCAGCUUCCGAAUCUGAGGAAGAUGACGAUGAUGAAUAA